AUGGCUCCCAUGGCCGUCGCAACCGAGCAUCAUCACCGUAGCAAUACGAAGCAUGCGAACAAGUCUUUCAAGUCAAAACACUCGACGAAAGGGGCGCUGAAGGAUUUACAGAAAGGGAAAGUCGAACUUGGAGAAAAAGGCACUCGGAAGACAGCGCACCAGCAAAUGAUGUCGAAACUCGAACGACGGAACCAAGCAAGGCAAAAACAAAGAUUUAAGCGCCAAGUCAAAGCUGAGGCCACAAGUAUAUUUUCCGGCCAGAAUGGUGCUCCGAGACACGUCGCUGUAGUGCCCCUGUCCGACGGAACCGCCACGGACGAGGCGAUCUUAUCUCUUAGCCGAAGCGUCGAUAUCCCGGACGCCAGUGUACAUAGUGGUUUGUGUCGAGUGCGCAUCGAUAGAUUCAAGCAAAGCGUGCUUUAUAUGCCGACCAAAAAGGACUUAAUCAAUACUUUGGAUGUUUGUCGGUUAGCAGAUUUUGUGGUGUUUGUCCUCCCGGCCUGCGAGGCCCUGGAUGAAGAUGCCCAACUCCUUUUUCGGUCCGUCGAAAGCCAAGGGAUAUCCAAUGUUAUUGCUGUUGUGCAGGGUCUUGAUAAUAUAAACUCUCCGAAAAAGCGACAGCAAAUAGUCUCCUCCCUCAAGACUACUGUCAACCGUUUUUUCCCUACUAUCGAAAAGGUGCAUUCCUUGGAUUCGAGACAAGAAUGUUCGAAUGUCAUUCGAAGCAUAUGUACGGCAACACCGAAGGGCAUUCAUUGGCGAGAUGAUCGAAGUUGGAUGCUUAUCGAGGAUAUACAAUGGCCCGAAACAAGCGAUGAAAUUGGGCAAGUCUGUGUUUCAGGAAUUGUCCGUGGAAAGGGCCUGAAGGCUGAUCGGUUGGUUCAUAUUCCAAACUGGGGAGACUAUCAAGUAUCUUCCAUUGCUGCAGCGCCCCUAGAAUCACGGCCGAAGAAGGAUGAUUCCAUGAACGUGGAUGGCGAUGCCGAAAUACGAAUUUUGGAUGAACCAACUGCUGAUGCAGACGACCUCGCCGUAGUGGCUCCCGAGGAUGUGUUCAUGUAUGACGAAAACGUCUCAAUGGCAGAUACGGAGAGAAAGGGCGUGCUCCUUGACGACCACCAUUACUUUUCAGAUGAAGAGGAUGACGAAGUUUCAAGGCGACCCAAACGUCUUCCCAGAGGCACUUCUUCCUAUCAAGCGGCAUGGUAUCUGGAUGAUAUGUCCGACUCAGGGUCAGAUAUUGUUGAUAAUAUGUAUGAUGACGAGGAAAUGGAGCUGGACGAUGAAAUUGGCCCUGAGGGAGGAGUCUCCAUGCAAGAUAACCAAGAUGCUGCAACUGAGGUUGGACCCUCUGAAUACCCUCAAUCGGAGAUGUUCCUCGAUCCGUCGCCCGAAGAGGAAGCGCAACAGAUUGAAGAAUAUCGUGCAAGUCGAAAAAUGGAGGAGACAGACGACCUCGAAUUCCCCGACGAAAUUGAACUUCACCCCAAUACGCUUGCAAGGGAACGCUUAGCACGGUAUCGGGGAUUGAAGAAUCUUAAAACUAGCGCAUGGGAGACCGAAGAAGACAGAGCACACGAACCAGAAAAUUGGCGCCGCCUGCUCCAGAUUGUGGAUUAUAAAGGUUCAAGGAAUCAAUGCAUCCGUGAAGCUCUUGCUGGGGGAGUGACUCCAGGAACCAGAGUUAAGGUUUUGCUACGUGACGUGCCAUUAAAUCUAAAGCAAAGUUGCCCGGAACCACUUGCUCUCUUUUCGCUUCUUCGCCACGAGCACAAACACGGUGUGGUUAACCUCAACAUGACGCUCAAUUCGAAUGUCGAGGAACCUCUUAAAUCCAAGGAAGAAAUAAUUAUUCAGUUUGGCCCGCGCCGAUUGGUCAUAAAACCUUUAUUCUCGGCCGCUGGGACCACACCAAAUAACGUCCAUAAAUUCGACAGAUAUCUUCACCCCGGCCGAAACGCAGUCGCUACAUAUAUUGGCCCUAUUUCGUGGGGCUCGAUCCCAGUACUAGUCUUCAAAACUAUGUCCAUAGCAGACCCAGAGGUUCUAGAUGGGAAUGACACAUCUGCGACAUUCAAGAAACUGCAACUAAUAGGAACUGGCACUACAAUGGCUCCAGAUCACCAACGUGUUGUUGCUAAGCGUGUUAUCUUGACGGGACACCCGUUUAAGAUUCACCGCAAGGUUGUCACAGUGCGAUAUAUGUUCUUCAACGCUGAAGACGUCCAGUGGUUUAAAGCUCUACAGUUAUGGACAAAACGAGGACGUAGCGGGUAUAUAAAAGAAAGCCUGGGAACGCAUGGAUAUUUCAAGGCGACGUUUGAUGCGAAAAUCAACCCCCAAGAUGCCAUCGGUAUCAGUUUAUACAAGCGUGUGUUCCCUCGAGAGGCGAGAGAAUGGACUGGUGAGAAUUUAUGA